AUGGAAAGAUAUCUGAUGGUUCAAGGUGCGGUAAGUUCCGCAGAAAAUGCCUUGGGAUUGAAACAUCAAGAAACAUCAAUGUAUCAAUUUAGUGAAUUGAAAUUCGAACGCGUAUUUCGAACUGUGAUCUACGGGACAGCCAUUAUUGCUCCCUUGCUCUUCUUACUUCUGCAACGGGUCGCCACGGGCAUCCCAUUUUUGCCCCACAAGGAUUACUGUUCGUAUAUUGUCGUCAACAAGAAGGGUUUUUUGAGCAUAUACGAUCAGGAUGAACUGCCCUCAAAAGCACCAAUUGAGGAACUAUCAGGAGCUCGUUUGAAAAUAGCAUGGAUUCAAGAGCUUUGUCUUUUAGGGCUUGUGGCUGUUAGUUGCAAAACUCUCUCAUCCAGAAUUAGCAGUGAUAUCCCAUUCUUUGAAGAAGUAUCGUUGGCGAGUUUCCUGGUUCCAAUGUUGGUCUGUGAACGUGAUUUGUGGCCAAAGAUACUUGUUCACCCAUCCCAGGAGGUGUUACAACAGGCAAGAAAGGGCUGGGAAGUUUAUGUGCGCCUUGGUUUGUCAGUCACUUUCGGGUCAUUAUCGAUGAUAACUCCAAGCGUUUGGUAUCCAGUGGACCCAUAUUCAGAUCAUACGGCAACUCUAGAGCAGACUGCAUCGAUUUUUAAAAUCAUCCGUUUUUUGGGCAUUGGUUUCUUUAAAAAAAUACGACCUACUUUACAUGAUGCUUUGCUCCCUCUUGAGCGCCAUUUUGAGUUGGAACAGUUUAUCAAUCCGUUAUGUAUGAGAGGAUUACUUGCAUAUAUUGAAAAGUCAUCCGAACCUACCUUUACGCCAUGGGUAUACGUUAGCGCUCUCUUUUUCGAACCUUUGAUCAAUGCAGCAGUCGGCGCGACUCAAUCUUUAGUCUCUUCACGCUUGGUACUUCAUGUAGAGGCAGCUGUCUCCCAAAGUAUCAUGCAAAAGACGUUAAAGAUCCGCAUCACGGAUUUCAAAGAGACCAAAGAGGGAGAUGGAAACGAAGAGGGCGAUAACCAGGAUGCUGUUCAGCCGGCAAUAGGAAAAAUUACCCAAUUGAUCAAUUCUGAUGUUUCUCGAUUGAUAAAUGCAAGUUCUGUGCUGAACCUUAUUGCAUCUACUCCAAUAGGAAUUAUCUUUACCGUCAUACUUCUCUAUGAUCUUUUAGGUUGGGCUAGUUUUGUCGGUGAAGGUUUAGUCAUCGUGACAAUGAUACUGCCUGGAAUGAUGCUAAGAUAUUACCACAAGCUUUUGAAGCAACAGCGGAAAGCUGUGGAUGCAAGGAUCGGGCUGAUGACGGAAGCACUUGGGUCCAUAAGGAUUAUUAAAUUCUUUGGUAUGGAGAGGGUUUUUCUAAAACGUAUUCAUGAAAAGAGAGAAACGGAAUUACGCAUGAAUAGAUUGACAUUACUAUUUGGGAUUUCCUAUAGCCUCGUGCAAUAUAUGAUACCGACGAUGAGCAUGUUUAUAACCUUAGGUAUCUAUGCUAAAGUAAUGGAAAAGCCAUUGAGUCCAAGUGUUCUUUUCACAUCUAUGAGCUUAUUCAGCAUGCUUAGAGUGUACUCUAGUUCUAUCACUACAACUGUUCAAACUGUUCUGGAAUCUGCUGUAUCGUUUGACCGUAUUGACAAAUUCUUGACUGGAGGAGAACUUCAAUAUAGUAACCAUAUUAACCCAACCACCGAGCUGAUAAAGAACGCGCCCUUUUAUAAAGAUGCGACCUUAUCCUGGGCAUCACCCGGCUCCAGUACUGAUAACAAUUUCCGACUUUCGAACAUGAAUGUGGAAUGCGUUUAUGGUGGCCUUACUGUAAUCUCUGGGCCUGUAGGAUCUGGUAAAAGUUCGUUUUUGCUAGGACUUUUGGGAGAGAUGAGGUUGUUGAACGGCAACGCAUAUAUUCCUCGAAAUGAAGGAGUGGCCUAUGUGGCUCAGUCCACUUGGCUCCAAAACAAGACGAUUCGCGAUAACAUCCUUUUUGGAGAGCAGUAUGAAGAGAAGAGAUACAAUGCCGUCCUGGAGGCAUGUGAUUUAUCAGUAGACUUAAGUAAAUAUGAGGAUGGCGAUCUUACAGAGGUUGGUGAAAAGGGCGUUACACUGAGUGGUGGACAAAAAGCUCGAUUAUCAUUGGCGAGAGCUGUUUAUUCUCCCGCUCAAACACUACUUCUUGACGAUGUGCUAUCAGCAUUAGACGCGGCGACUAGUAGGAUAGUUUUCGACAAGUGUAUCAACGGAGAAGUUUUAGCUGGUAGAACUGUUGUUCUAGUGACUCACCACGUGUCGCUGGUAUCUUCAUAUGCAAAGAAGAUAGUAGUUCUUGCGGAUGGAAAGAUCAUUUCAGAUGGCCUUCCGCAAAAUAUCCCUCCCAGUGCAAUCAACGUUAUACCAAAUAUUGAGCCGGAUGACUUCGGAAAUUCGGGCCAAGAGUCUGAUCCUACAACACAAACGUUCCAGGAUAAAAUUGUUAAAACGGCCCCAGAAGUGAACGGAAAAAAUCUUCCUAAACUUGUGAAGGAUGAGGACCGGGCAAAGGGUAAAGUUCCUAUAGUGCUUAUCUGGGAUUAUAUAAAAAGUCUCGGGUCACCUAUUGUCUUGGUCUACCUGGUGGCAACGAGUGUUUUGAUGGAGUUUGCAUUCGUGGGGAGCUCUCUAUUCCUCGCAGUCUGGUCAGAUCAAUACUCAAAACCUGGGGACGUAAAUGUGAAUUUGUGGCUUGGAAUGUAUUCUAUGACUACGUUCGGUGUGAUAAUAUCUUUCUUCAUCACAUACGUUUCAUGGUAUUACUUUAUUCAAAUUUCAGGGAAGAAAAUUCACGAGAAACUCGUAAAAUCAGUGUUAUAUUCACCCAUAAGGUUCUUCGACACUACCCCUGUAGGAAGAAUACUAGGGCGCCUAUCCAGUGACAUUUAUUCUAUCGAUUGGAUCCUAGGACGUAAUGUGCAAUCACUUAUCAAUUGUGUGCUUAAUAUUGCGUUCACGUUUACAAUCAUGUUCGGCUUAAUUCCAGUUUUUCUAGUGCCUUGCUUGACUGCGAUCCUAAUUGGGACAGCCUGCCGAGAAUUUUAUCUCCGCACUAAGAUAAGUGUGAAUAGAAUAUAUUCUAUCCAAGCAGCCCCUGUGAUAUCUCAUCUGCAUGAUACUGUCUCUGGAGUUGUAACUAUCCGUGCAUAUAAUUGCCAACGGCGCUUUCUUGAUGAAAAUCUGAAGAAGCUCGAUGAUUUCAAUCAAGUCAAAUGGACUCUCAAUGCCCUUGGUUUGUGGAUGACCAUUAGGAGCACAGCUUGCACCGCAAUGAUCAGUGCAGCAGCAGGUUUUUUGGCAAUUAAUACGACUGGUUAUACUGCGGGUUUGAUUGGGUUUAGCAUGAACAAUUGUCUUUCGUUUUCCUCCUCUGUACUCUCAGCAGUCAGUGACUUCAAUAGGCUGCAAGUGGAGCUUAAUUCGUACGACCGCGUCGUUAAAUAUAUUAAAUCUGAGCAAGAGAAACAACCAAUACCAGAACAUGAACCAUCAGCAGCAUGGCCAACUCAGGGUGAUGUCAAGAUUACCAAUCUUUCGGUCAAGUACUCUACGGACGGCCCAGAAGUACUUAACAAGGUCAGCUUUGACGUCAAAUCACGCGAAAGGGUCGGUAUUGUUGGGAGGACUGGAGCCGGAAAGAGCAGUCUAGCGUUGAGUUUGUUAAGGUUUACCGAGAUCUCUAAUGGUAGUAUUACCAUUGAUGGCCUGGAUAUCACGAAAGUAAAUCUUGAGUCUCUCCGGCAGCGCAUCACAAUUAUUCCUCAAGAUCCUAUUAUGUUUUCUGGAACAGUUCGCGAUAAUCUGGACCCCUAUCAUGAAAUUGAUGACACAGAACUUCAAGCAGCUCUGGAAAGUAGUGGAUUAGUUGGGAUUACAAACAAUGCUAGUAAUACAAGUGUCUCAGACGCCUCGACUACCACAUCAGAAGCAACAGAGCUAAGAACUAAGCAAAUCGGUCUCGACUCUCCAGUCACAUCUGGCGGAGAUAAUCUUUCUCAGGGACAACGGCAGUUGCUCGCAUUUGCCAGGGCACUAGUCAGACGGUCCAAGUUGGUGAUUUUAGAUGAGGCUACGAGUUCUACAGACAUGGAGACGGAUGAGAGAAUCCAACAGACCCUGCGAACCAGUUUCCCAGACUCCUCUAUAAUAACCAUUGCCCAUAGACUUCGCACAGUGAUGUCGUUUGACAGGAUUAUUGUCCUUGACAACCUGGGUAAAGGCGGGGAGGUAGUGGAAUGCGAUACCCCGUUCAAUUUACUACGGCGCCCUGGUGGUGUUCUGUGCGACCUGGCUCGCAAAAGUGGAGAAUUUGAAGAGCUUCUAGAGCUGGCUACCAAAGGCAAAGCCCUGUACACAAACGGGGAAUAA